AUGGAGAACUGGUCUCCGCAGGCGCGUGCCUUCGCGUUUCCAGCCAGCUGGCAGUACGCUCAGUUGGAUCCCAAUGUCCACGGACAGCGACCAUCGACACCGCUCCAGGGCCAGUGUCAGCUUUACCACGCCUGUCGAGUUCCUGCGGUGCAUCCCAUGGAGCUGCUCUACCAAAUGCACGCCCUGACUCUUCGGCAUCCUGUCAGUCUUGCCACUCCCAUUGAUGGGUCAGGCCUCCAACACCCCCUCAGACCCUGCUCAACAAACGCACAACUCCAGUCCCAGGAGGACACCUUCGAAGACGGCAUGACGUCGUCUUCGGAUUGUGAUCUGCCUCCUGAUGGAAAACGCCGGCGGCGCCGCCGGCGAGGAAAGCGAAAGCGAACAAAGCCACGACCGCUGAAGAAGAAGCCGCUGCCUCCACCUGAGGAGACACUGCAGGAACGAGCCCUUUGGGGUGGCGGUGUCCUCGGGCCUUUGGCACGAGUCUGCGAUGGCUGGGCCUGUGUUGUACACGAUGUCCAUCGACGCAGCUUCGUCUCCUAUCGCAAGCAGGCUUUUCCAGCUUCAACUCUGCAUCAGUGGAGGCAGACUCUCCUCAGCCGCAUCUGCUGGCGGAAGCCUGAGCGGCCUCCGAAAGAAGGUAAGGAGCAGAGCGCCCCUUGCGAAGCGCUGCUGCCUCGCUCAGCAGCCUGGCUCACGUUGCCGGGCUGCCGUUGCGAGUACCAGUAUGCGGGCCUUCGGUUUCCAGCCGCGACGAUGCCUCCGUGGUUCCUGGAGAUCACGGACGAGGUGGCACACGCUUGCGGACUCAAGGAGCGUCCAAACUCGUGCAAUGCCAACCUGUACAAGGGCGGGAUGGACAACGUCAGCUGGCACUGUGACGAUGAGCCGCUAUUCGAUGCUACAGGCCGAGAUGCACUCAUCAUCUCGCUAUCGUUGGGUGCAACCAGGUCCUUCUGCCUUCGUCCGAAGGACGAUCCAUUUGAGGAAACUUUGCUCCAACUGGAGGAUGGUGAUCUCUGCACCAUGGAGGGCCUUUGCCAAAAGCACUACCGACACCGAGUUCCUCCCGAGGAGGACGUUUCGGAAUAUCGAGUCAAUCUCACCUGGCGAUGGAUUGUGCAGCACGAUGAGGGGGUCUUCGUGGAUGACCACCGACACGGCUCCACCGAUUGCAUGCUGCAGUGGAGGAAGGAACCCUGGUUCUUGCGCUUGGACUCGGAGGAGUCCUUUUCUUUUCAUUUCAUGCGCUGGUUCGCACUCCUCUGCGUCGCCGCCGUGGCGGCCACGCCUUGCAGCAAGGAGCGGCUCAAAAGCCUCCUGGUGGAGCAGCGCCAUCGUUCCUGGGUCUGUGAGAACGUUCGGCUCAAGGUCAUCGAGGACUACCCAUGGGAGGUUUGGGCCUUGGAUACAGCGGAGGCUUUCGAGCAGCUGAACUUCAAGGUCCUGGUGCCCCACCCGGUGGAAGACUCCGAGGAUCUGCUUUGGAGCCUCGUAGAGCGGCCCUACAACCAGACACUUCCCGAUGGAUCUCGGCGGGGCCCUCCUGUGGCGACUGCCCGCUUCUGGACCAACAUGCACGCUCCACCUGGCCGGGCGUUUGCUGUGGAGGGCAUGAACCGCCUUAGCCCUGUUCAAGAGUGGCUACCGAAGCUGUAUGCCACUCUUGGCAUCGCAGGCUCUGUGGACCUUUACUGCGCGCGCGUUGGUCGGCGACCAGUGAAUUCAUACGGCUGGCACACGGACACCGUGGAUGCUCUGAUCUAUGUCCUCAACGGCACCAAGAGGGUGCGUGUUGCAGGUCACUUCCCUGGCAGCAGAGUGACUCUCGACAAAGUCAUUUCAGCUGGCUCUGUCGUCUACGUCCCUGGUGGUCGCUUCCACUCCUUGAGGAGUAUGCCGGCAGAUGUGGACGCCAGCAAAGCAGAGCUCGUCGUGGCUUUGAGCAUCGGACUCCCGAACCCCAACGAGGACUUGCUGGAGGUUCGGACGAAUGUCAUGAGGAAGGCCUUCGAGAAUCAGAACUUCAAGUGGAACGAUGUCGUCGGGCAAGUGGCGGCUCUUCCAGAGGACUUUCCCAGAAAGCCGGAGGUCGUCUUCGCAGAGAAGGACGACCUCGACUCUCACGGAUUUUCUGCUCUACAUCGUCGAACCUUGCAGGGCGAUGCACGGCGGCUAGCAGUGCUGUUGCACUCCGGCGCGGAGGUAAACCUCCGCAGCCUGCCUUCGGCGCAGCGCCCGGCUUUGACAGCUCUUGGCCUCGCAGCCUGCUGUGUCGCAGAGGCGAAAGCGUUAUGGCUGUCUUUGAAUGCAACACUGCCGACGUCUCGUCCAAGUGAAAGCGAUCAUCACUGUUGA